AUGUCACAAGAAGUUGCUGAAACUCAAAGUAUUGAGGCCCAAGUCGGUGCCUCCGAUGGUGCCAAGGUCGCUUACUCACCAUCUCACUCAUCUAAUGCAUCAAAUAAAUCAUCCGGUGAUGACAUCGAUUUAAAACAUGAAUCUGACUAUGUCGUUCCUGCUACUGGUCCAAUCGGUCAAUAUGCUGGUGUCUUAGCCUUAUGUUUAAUGAUUGCCUUCGGUGGUUUUAUUUUCGGUUGGGAUACUGGUACCAUUUCUGGUUUUGUCAGUCAAACUGAUUUCUUAAGAAGAUUUGGUUCUUACGACCACGUAAAAAAUGAUUAUUAUUUCUCUAAGGUUAGAACUGGUUUGGUUGUUGGUAUCUUUAACAUUGGUUGUUGUAUUGGUGGUUUAACUUUAGGUAGAACCGGUGAUAUGUAUGGUCGUCGUAUCGGUUUAAUGAUUGUUACUGUUGUCUACGUUAUCGGUAUUAUUAUUUCCAUUGCUUCUAUCAACAAAUGGUACCAAUACUUCAUCGGUAGAAUUAUUUCUGGUAUGGGUGUUGGUGGUAUUGCUGUUUUGUGUCCAACCUUGAUUUCCGAAACUGCUCCAUCCCAUUUAAGAGGUACUGCUGUCGCAUUCUAUCAAUUAAUGAUUACUGGUGGUAUUUUCUUGGGUUACUGUACUAACUAUGGUACCAAAAAAUAUCAUAACUCUGUUCAAUGGAGAGUUCCAUUAGGUUUGUCCUUUGCUUGGGCUUUGUUUAUGUUAGGUGGUAUGACUUUGGUCCCUGAAUCUUCUAGAUACUUGGCUCAACAAGGUAGACUAGAAGAAGCUAAGAGAUCUUUGGCUAUCUGUAACAAAUGUACUGUCGAUGAUCCAAUUGUCAUUCACGAAAUGGAAGAAAUUAUGGCUGGUGUUGAAGCUGAAAGAGCUGCUGGUUCUGCUUCCUGGGCUGAAUUGUUUGUUACAAAAGGUAAGAUCUUCCACAGAGUUUUAAUGGGUGUUAUGAUCCAAUCAUUACAACAAUUGACUGGUAACAAUUAUUUCUUCUACUACGGUACUACAUUAUUUGUUUCUGUUGGUUUGGAUGAUGGUUUUGAAGCCGCUAUUGUUAUCGGUGUUGUUAACUUCGCUUCUACUUUCGUUGGUUUAUGGACUGUCGAAAGAUUUGGUCGUCGUCGUUGUUUGUUGUGGGGUGCCGCAACUAUGAUGUGUUGUUUCGUCGUUUAUGCCUCUGUCGGUGUUACUAGAUUAUAUCCUCGUGGUUAUGGUCAACGUGAAGAGUACACUUCAGAAGGUGCUGGUAACUGUAUGAUUGUUUUCACCUGUUUCUUUAUUUUCUGUUUUGCUACUACAUGGGCUCCAAUUCCUUAUGUUAUCGUUUCUGAAACUUUCCCAUUGAGAAUCAGAGGUAGAGCUAUUGCUUUAUCUGUUGGUGCUAACUGGUUGUGGGGUUUCUUGAUUUCUUUCUUCACUCCUUUCAUUACUGGUGCCAUUCACUUUGCCUAUGGUUAUGUUUUCAUGGGUUGUUUGGUCUUCGCUUGGUUCUAUGUGUUCUUCUUCGUCUGUGAAACUAAGGGUUUGACCUUAGAAGAAGUUAACGAAAUGUACGAAGAAGGUGUCUUGCCAUGGAAGUCAGCUGGCUGGAUCCCAUCUUCUAAAAGAGAAGGUGGUUACGAUGCUGAAGCUGCUUUGCAUGAUGACAAGCCAUGGUACAAGAGAUUCACUUAA